CUUCGUCAUCUGCGAUCCGCACCCGCUAAAGCGCAUGCGGAAAGUACCCUUGCCGCUAUCCGCGUCUCUGGUGCCAGUCUUGUCAGAUGGUCCAGACAAGGGUGCAUGUGGAUAGGCAGCGCGAGUUUAGAACAUGCGCUAACAAUUGUACACGGCUGAGCCCAUAUCUCAAGUCAGGUCGAGCAUCUCUCUCAAUCCUGUUGCAAAUUUGGCGACCUGUGUCAACGAACGGCUUCUCAAGUUCAGGUCAACCACAACGAACAACGGCAAACAAUGGGAUCCGUAAGCGAGAAUGUCUGGAGACGGCUGAAUGUGGCUGUGAUAGGAGGUGGCAUCGGUGGUCUGUCUGCUGCCAUUGCGUUGCGUCGAGCCGGACAUGAUGUUAUUAUUUACGAGCGACACGACUUCGCUGGAGAAGCUGGAGCCUCAGUAUCAUGUGCUGCCAAUGGCACUCGUUGGCUGCACGAAUGGGGUGUCGACGUGGCAAAGGGCGAUCCAGUAGUGUUAGAAAAGCUGAUCAACAGAGAUUGGAAGACUGGAGAGCCAGUCAGCGUGUACGAUCUUGACGAUUACGAAAAGAGAUGGGGAUAUGUUUAUAACAUGUUUCAUCGGCAGUACAUGCACAAGAUGCUCAUGGACUGCGCAUUACAAGAAGAGGGUGUCGGAACACCUGCAAUGCUGAAGGUCAACCAUGGAUGCCAGACCAUAGACCUCGAGUCUGGUACCAUCACGUUUACUGAUGGUACCAAGGGCCAGCAUGAUUUGAUUGUAGGAGCUGAUGGCAUUGGAUCAGUAACUCGAAAGAUCAUCGGCUUGAAUCCCGAGAAGCGACCUGCUGAGUCCAGCUGUUUGCACGCAAAUGUUUUGACAAAAGAUGCCAGAAAACUUGGUUUAGUGGACUAUUCCCUCAACAACGCUCUUGAAUAUUGGGGCGGUCAAGAGGGCAAAUGGGACAAGAUUGUGCUUUCUCCAUGUAAUGGUGGUGAGCUUCUGUCCUACUAUUGCUUCUUCCCCCGCUCAGCAGGUGAUUAUGCGAAUCAUACUUGGGGAGGUGCAGAUCUUCCAGUGGCAGACCUCCUUGCACCAUACCCCGAGCUCGACGCUCAAGUAAAGGCACACCUUGCCAUAGGAAUUGAAAUCCAGCCUUGGCGGUUAUGGGUACAUCAACCUUACCCAUACCUUGUCAAGGAAUCUGUGGUGUUGAUUGGAGACGCUGGCCACCCAAUGAUGCCCCAUCAAAGUCAGGGAGCUUGUAUGGCAAUUGAAGAUGCAGCGGCGCUAGGUAUUCUGUUCAGCAAGGCCUAUUUCUCUGGGGAUAUCAAAGAAUCCCUUGCCGUGUACGAAAAGGUCCGCCUGCCCCGAGCGACAAAAGUUCAAGCUUCUGCCGCUAAGGCAGCGUACAACAUCAACGAACGCAUUGGCUUCUCAAGCAAUACAGCAUUCUCAAAUUACAAGGUAGAGAAUGAAGCGAAGAAGCUGACUAUCGAAGAGAUGAACGGGUACGACAUGUACAAAGAUAUCGACCAAGCUUUUGCUGAGCGGAGAGGGAUUCCGUAUGAUGGUCAAUACGUUCGAGGGUUACCUUUUGGGCUUGAACUCUCCAACGGGAUCACUGUAGACCAAGAAACAAAAUUGUGAAAUAGGAGGGUGUCAAGGAGAAACCCGAGAAUCACAUGUAAACUUCAGAAUCGGUAGCAUUAAUACUGAUAUCGGCGCAGAUCGUUAGACAGUAUGUCUUGUUUCAAAACGGGAACCUUGAAAUGAUCUAGAUCGUACAAUCAAUAGAAUUCUAGGAUCG